UGAUUCGGACAUUAAAAGUUGUGUGUGUUAAUAUUUACAUUUUAAAAAAACGUUUUUACACAUUGAGCUGUAGUAAAUGCUGUAAUGGAUAUCUCUGCCAGUAUGGAUAACAAUGACUGCUAUUGAUAUCUUAGUCACUAAGAUUUUGGUUUCUGUGCGUUGCCUGCCAAAGAAGAAUUGAGCCCAAUGUUUCCAAACAAAUCUAGUUCAGAUGAGAUUUCAAAAAUUGAUGCCUUCAUACAAAAUUUUAAGGAGGAUUCUGUAGAAGCAAAUGAUGUGCCAGAACAAUUAGCAGAGUCACAGUCUUUCGGCUUUGUCUUUAGCAACGAAGUCACUAGUGCGGCCACUUCCCUGUUCGCACAUCUCAGUUCCACAUUUCCUACCAACCAAGUGCCUGUUUCAAGGGACACAAUCGACCGCACCAAUGAGAGGGAGGAGCCAGUUAACAUGGCAGCUGUGACUGACUGUCAAGUAACAUCACCACUACCACAACAUGCACAAAUGAUUGCUAAAUCUGUGCGUACAACUCAGCAGCAAAUAGCACCACAAUGUGCAGCAACAUCAGUACUACUGUCUUGGCCUUCCCUAAUUUCCCCGCCGGCAGCUGUGACAAUCUUAGCGGGAGACUGCGAGACAGGCAGCCUACAUACAGGGGUAGAAGGAAGCGGCAUCAAACAAUUAAACACGGGGUGUGAAUCCUGUGGUUCUACUCAUUACCACCCCAACCCCAGUUCCAAGUCUGAGGCCUUGUGCCAGGUGAGCCUAGGGAAGGGUGGAGGGGAGGCUGGAGCUGACCCAACCUCUUAUCUGUUCCCUACGGCGAUAUUUUCAGCGUCUGUGAUAUCCAGCUCAAGUUGUGGCACCGCGCAGCCUCCGUCCCUUGUGACCAGCCACGGUGUAGAACAGGGCUUCAAUGCAAUGUUUGCCAGUCACCUUGGUUCUUCCAGCAGCAAUAGUCUGUCUAUUAGUGCACAAAGUCAUGCCACCAGCUUUACCACUACAACUACAAUGGAUGUGGUUCCCACCCAUGUCACUCAGGCCAAUGAAAAUCCAAAUACUAUUACUACUGUUAGCCAACAUGUUAUUAAACUUAGUAGUGUAGAGGCAGUGAGUGGUUCGUUCGUCGACGACCGCGUUCCGCCGGACAAUCUUCCGUCUCUAGGUGACGGACAGAGUGAGAAAAAGGCUAAUCAAGUGGGGGGAGAAGUGGAAUCUACUACUGGUGCUCUUUCAGAUCAGGAUAAUAAUCUUAUAAAUGUUAAGAAUUUUCAAAAAAUUAUUGGUUCCGGGGAAACUGUUGAGCCCCGGCAACUAGAGUGUCAAGAUGCCGACGAUGACGGCGACAAAGUCUGGAGUGUGACUCCGUUUCUCAACAUUCCCAAGUUGCAAGGCAAAGGGUUGACAGCUGGAAAUGGUGAGCUUUUCCUUGUAUCUGCCAUGAAUGCAACAGUCCAGGGUAAAAUUGACAGUAACCCAGCACCAAGCUUUAAUAAACUUAAUACUAGUAUUAAUGUUAAGAAUCGUGUUGACGAACUGGAAUCAUGUGCUUUUAAGCUCCUAAUUCAAUGUGCAACUCAACAAAAUAAGUAUGAUGUUGCCUCAAACGAAGGACCAGCAACGAAUGCUAGAUGGGGAAUUCCUUCUGGGCUCGGUCUGUGCGGUGGUGGGGAGAGCUCACUGAACAGUGGCACUUCGAGUUGGGGGACUCCAUCUGGCGGCAACUCAAACAACAAUAACAAUUCAAACUCGUCAGCCGGAGGCUGGGGAGGUAACAACCAGGGACAGGGAAACACUGCAGCGCAGAGCCAAUGGGGAAACAACAACAGUGUGAAUAGAAACGCAGGCAGUGGAGGUUCUAGUCAGGGGCCCAGUGGACAGCAAACCACAGGCAAUACAAAUAAAGGCACCAACCCGCAGUCUGGACAGCCUCCAUCUCAACAACCCCCACCAACACAAGCUCCAUCCUCGCAGCAGCAGCAGCAGCAACAGCAGCAAAAUGGCUCCACGUCUUGGGCGCAGGCAGCUGGAAAGGGGCUUCCGGCUAAUCAGCAACCCAGUACUGGGGGUGCCAACAGCAGCUCUAGCAAUAACAACAACAAUCCAGGAGCUGGAAGUAGUGGCAGUACUGGGACUAGUGGCUCUGGAGCAAGUAGCAGUACUGGCAACAACUCGACCAAACAGCAGCUGGAGCAGUUGAACACAAUGAGGGAAGCACUUUUCAGUCAGGAUGGUUGGGGAGGGCAAUUUGUGAACCAAGAUACUGUUGCUUCUCCAGAACCUGGAGUGAAAGAUGGUGUUCCAGUCUGGAAGCCAAAUGUGAAUAAUGGAACAGAUUUGUGGGAAGCAAAUCUUCGUAAUGGUGGACAGCCACCCCCAUCACAGGCUCAGAAAACACCGUGGGGACAUACCCCCACUUCUAAUAUCGGUGGAACGUGGGGUGAAGACGAUGAUGUUGGCGAUAGCUCAAAUGUGUGGACGGGCGUUCCAUCCGGUGCUGGACCUACGGGAGCGACAGGCCAGUGGGGAGCGAACAGUGCCGGCCCUAGUGGUGGUAUGUGGGGAGCUGGAAAGAAAGACAGUGAUUGGAAUGGUGGUGGAGGUGGAGGAGGGUCAAAUUGGGGUGAUCCACGAAAUGAUCCUCGUGGAAUGGACCCACGUGAUCCUAGAGAUCCUCGCAAUGUUGGGACGAUUGAUCCUCGUGAUAUGCGAGGAGACCCACGAGACACCAGAAGUGGAAUGAUGGAUCCACGAGAUCAUAUGCGUGGUGUAUUGGAUCCAAUGCGCAGUGAUGUUGGCAUGCGUGAUCCAAGGGACAUCCGUGGGAUGGGAGACAUGCGCGCAGGAGAUCCUAUGUUACGAGGAGACCCGCGGGGUAUUAGUGGUCGCCUGAAUGGUGGAAGUGAUGCAGGAAUGUGGGGACAGCCACCCCAGCCUCCCCAUCAUCAUGGACCCCAUCACCAACAGAGCCAGCCACCAGGCAAGAUGGUUGGCCCUGGUGGGGUUUCUGGCAGUGGUGUGAACCAGUGGGUCGGUCCACCACCAAAAGACAUGAACAUAUCAAGUUCUGUGUCGAGUAAAACAGGGUGGGAGGAGCCCUCACCACCUGCCCAGCGGCGCAACUUACCAAACUAUGAUGAUGGCACAUCACUGUGGGGAAAUCCUGCACAGCAGCAGAACAGGAUGGGAGGUAAAGUGUCCCACUGGAAGGAAAUGCCAACACCCAACAUGGGACGUGGUGGAAUGCCAUGUCCUCCAGGGAUGCCGCAGAACAGAAUGCCAAGCAAUGGUUCAGGUAACAUGAAACCUGAUGGCGGACCACUGUGGGGACAUGCUCCAAGGAAUGGUUCUUGGGGUGAUGGACCUCACGACACAGUUAAUUCUGGUUGGGGUGAUGAAUCGAAGAGUGGCGUAGGAGCUGUGAACUCAUGGAAUGAACCUCCUCUCACUCCCACAUCUUGGGGAGGAUCCAAGCCAAAGAAUUCCUUGAAUCCAGGCUGGGUAGAUGGAGACCUUGAUGCCUCUUCUUGGGGACAUGCACCUAAACAGGGUCCAAAGCCUUUAACAAAAGAAUUUGUUUGGGGCAGCAAGCAGUUCCGAAUACUCGCAGAAAUGGGUUAUAAGAAAGAGGACGUUGAGAGUGCGUUGCGUACUAGCAACAUGAACUUAGAGGAUGCUAUAGAACUGUUGAACCAAGGGCGACUCAAUGUGGAGGCGUGGCGUAGGCAUGAAGAUCACUCACCGUUUGAUUUACCCUCAAGCCACCCUGGUGCAGGAUUUCCUGGACAGAGAUUCAACCCAGUUCCUCAGCAGAUGUCAUUUGCCCCACCUGGUCCUGGAGUGAGUGCUGCUCCUAGUCUCCUCAACAACCAGAGUGCUAGUCUGGCCAGUAUUAACAACAUCAGUCCUGCUAUUGUGCAGAAGAUAAUUGCACAACAACCCCCGCCUCAGCAGCCUCCAACACAGCAGCAGAGUGCGUUUAACCAGACGCCUCGACCACCGCAGAAUCAACCUUCGACUGCCCAACUUAGAAUGUUGGUGCAGCAGAUUCAGAUGGCAGUACAAGCUGGUUAUCUCAAUCAUCAGAUCUUGAACCAACCACUGGCACCUCAGACACUGAUCUUGCUGAACCAACUGCUCCAGCAAAUCAAGGUGUUGCAGCAGCUGAUGCAGCAGCAGGCUGUAGUCCAAGUGCAACCCCUGAAAGGUGGCUCUAGUGCAGUUCUACACAUCUCAGUGCAGAUUACAAAGACAAAGCAGCAGAUCUCUAAUUUACAGAACCAGAUAGCAUCACAGCAAGCCAUUUAUGUGAAGCAGCAGCAGCAGCACCAUAUGACACCUCAAGGCCCACAGCCAGACUUCUUCAAGCCCAAUGUUCAUGACCCAUUGACUCAAAUCCAGGCCAAUUUUGGAGAGCUGAACAUGAAAGAGCCACCGCAACCAACAUUCCAGGGACAGCAGUCUCGUUUGACCCAGUGGAAGCUUCCAUUGAUUGGUGACAAGGAAGGGGAAAGUGGUGCUAAUGAGUUCAGUCGUGCACCUGGCACAACUACAAAACAAUCGAUGCCUCAGAGUCAUUCGUCCCCCAACAUAAACCCACUUGGUUUGGGUCAGACUGAUGCUACCUGGUCAACUGUGAGUCGCCCAAAUUCAGAUGGGUGGCCCGAGUCUAGCAGCGAAGGCGGUGGUCAGCCUGAGAGCAAAGACUCGUGGCCAGUGACCACACAGUCUGGAUCAGCAGCCUUUACAGAUCUUGUUCCUGAAUUUGAGCCAGGGAAACCAUGGAAGGGUACUCAGAUCAAGAGUGUAGAAGAUGACCCCAGCAUCACACCAGGAUCUGUAGUUCGUUCUCCCUUAUCACUAGUUACACUCAAAGACACAGAAAUAUUUAAUGCCUGUGGCAGCAAGACAUCACCAACUGUUAGUUCUGCAGUUGAUACAAUUCCUCCACUUAGUCUACCAACAUUGUCUUCAUCUACUUGGACCUUCAACCCUCCAGUCACCACGCCUUCAUUCACAAGUCCACUUGGGAAGUUGGGCAGUACAAAGGGCACAUGGGGUGAGGCACCCCCACCAACUGUGGUAACAAGUGAACUUUGGGGUGCUCCGAUGGGCAAGUCCCGAGGACCACCUCCUGGACUGUCGAACAAGAACGCGCCUGGAAAUUCUGGAACCAGCGGUGGGAAUGGAGGUAGCAGCAGCAAUGGUUGGGGCAGUCUUGGUGGCGGAGGUGGUGGUGGUGGCACAUCUGCCACUACAACCAGUGGAGGUGGUCGGUCAGCCUCCUGGGGCAUCCAGGGUUCUGCUGCAGCCACUUGGGGAUCCACCUGGCUCCUGCUCAAAAAUCUCACUCCACAGAUUGAUGGUUCGACUCUGAAGACUUUGUGCAUGCAGCAUGGACCCCUACAGAGCUUCCAUUUGUACCUGAAUCACAGCAUUGCACUUGCCAAGUAUUCCACCCGUGAGGAAGCCAAUAAGGCUCAAGGUGCACUGAAUAACUGUGUUUUGGGAAAUACAACCAUCUUUGCCGAGUCUCCCGGAGACUCUGACGUACAUUUAAUCCUUCAACACUUGGGUCAUGGAGCUCAGCAGCAGCCUCCUAGCGGCUCGACCGGAGGUUGGAUGCGCGGAGGUUCCAACCCUUCUGUAGCUCCUACUGGUGCUUCCAAAGGAGCUCCACCAUCUGACACAUGGGCUCCCGGUGGUAGUCAGUUGUGGAACCCUAACCCAUCAGCCAGCUCACUAUGGGGUGCGGCCCCUCUGGACACAACUGGUGACCAGCACCGAGCCACCCCUUCCUCUCUCAACUCCUUCCUACCAGGGGAUCUCCUUGGGGGUGAGUCUAUGUAAAUGUAGUUAUGGUAAGAGACUUGCAAACACCAGUAUAAUACAUAGUACCUAAAGAUGUUGCCAUUUAGCAAGUCAGAACUCAUUGUAUGUGAUUGUUACUGGGGACUUAACGCUGUGGAGCUCGAAAACUACACAACAUCAUUACAGUAACUAGUACCUAAAGGUAUGUUAAAAGGCAUUAGAUGCAGUUAAGUAACGUAAGCACAUGCAGCAAGUGCAAUAUGGAGGUUGCAAAGGUAGACAGUUUCUGUUGUUCCUUCUUCGUCUCGGAACAUAAUUAUAAUCAUAGUAGGAGGUAAGUAAGUAAGUCUGAAUAAUGCGGAGAAGGUGAUGUGCUUUGCUUUGCAAAACGGGUAAUCUUCAUUUUUAAAAUAUGAUGUUUACAUUCAAAAGAAUGGAAUAGGAGCAAUUUGCUGGAGUAACCAAUUAACUGGAUCCAUAAACAUACUCCAAGCAAAACAAUUUUGAAAUCGCAAAUCACAAAACCUGUCAGACUACUUACAAACCACGCGCAAUGCCAGAAAGAAUGUCCAAAACAAGAUUUUGGAAAACUUGUGACAGUCUCUCGUUAAACAUGCGAGAGGGUGUUUUUCCGCACCUGUGAUCUCAGCUUCCUAUGUAAAAAUGGCUGCUUUUUCCUGUUUUAAUUAUGUCAUUUAAUAAUUAAGUAACUUGGGAAGAGCAUGGCAUUUUUUAGUAUUUCUUAAAGCUAAAUCAGACUGCACGCCGAGUAUUGAAUAAUAACACAAUAUAUUAUAAAGUAGAUAUGUAAAAUAUCUGAUGUCCAAAAAGUAAGGUGUUCAAUUUGUAUUUAAUAAUUUAGAAAUCAAAGGAUAUUUUCAUUAUGACUCACUUCCAUUGUAUCACAUUGCAUCACGAGAAUCAACAAUAAUAAACAACAGGAUGAGAAGAGAGAGGGGGGAGAGAUGUCAUGAUGGAGUUAAGUGAAACUCAAGAGCUUGCAUCCCUGCCGGCCAAAAUGGAGUCUCAAGUAGUACUCAUUAGAAGAGGAAUAAAAACAUUUUGUAUUUCAACUGUGCUGUGACUUUCGAGUGGCUUUGUUUUUAUUUUAAAAGAUUAUAUCUGCACACAUUUUUUCUCUCCUGUAUAAAAUGGCUCUCUCCUCAUGAAAGUGAAAAUGGUGCAGAAUAACUGAAUUAACCAUCAAACCUGCUGUUGAGGGGAGGGAGGGGACAAGUCUUAACAUAAAGCAGGGUUGGCAACAAAAAUGGUUCCAAACAUUUUGAUUAUAGAUUUUUUCAAAUGCCAAUUGUAGUAUAUACGUCUAAUAAUGAAAUUGUGUAUUAGAAUCAUGGUAAAUGGGAUGUACAUUUUGUGCUUAAGUGUUAUUUUCUUUCCUUCUCAGCCAAUCUUGUACCAAAUUAUAUAAUGAACACAAAAUAGGUUUUAUCUAGUUUUAAGUGUAAGUUAAGUCAAUAGUUUGUAAGGUUUUAAAUAAGGUAUUUAGAAUAUAAGUGAAAAAAUAAAAAGCAUAAAAAAUACAACAAAGUGCAUUCUCCUAAGAAAGAUAUAGCUGUCACAUGAUUACAUAUACACAACACACACAUCAAUGAGUGCUGCAUCCUUAAAUAAAUGUGAUAUAUAAUUAUCUAUAAGUGAACCUGUGCAAAAGCGUCAAUUUUUGUGAACUGCGUUUAAUGAGUGGACAUGUGUUGUGUGUGUUGUUGGAUGGUAAUGAAAUUAAGGAACGUUGGAAGGUAACGCAAGAAGAGUGGAUCAGUGAUACGUACAUAACUUUCCUGGCUGUUUUUCGAAGAUAAAGAAAUAUAUAGAGCUAUAUAUUAACACGUACAUAUUACUAUAUAUAUAUAUAUAUAUCUUACUAUAAGGUUUUUUUUUCCCGUAAAAGAAGUACAAGUGUUCAAGUCAUAACUUUUUUUUUCCUUGGUCUCUCGACAGAAAAGCCUCACUCUCGCAUUUUGCUCGGGUUUUUGGUGACAUUUUACCGAGUUGGCUUAGAGAGCAGAUGGUUUUUCCCGAUCGAUAUAUUAAAAAAUCCAGUCCAUCCUUGCCUUUUUUUGCUUUUUAAUUGUGUGUAAGAGAAGGUAGAAUGAAUGAACGGACGAACGAACUAACUGAGAUAUCAUUUUUCGAAUGGAGUUUGUCUCUUGAAAAAUACCUCUGUGACCAAACAUAUUAUAUAUACAUAUAUAUAUUUGCGGUCUUGUGAUGCAGUUAAUAUGAAUUGUUCAUCAAAGUCUGUCUUAAGUCUAUGUCUUUUUAUGUGUGGACAAAAUUAAAUAGUGUUCAUUAUUUUGAAAAUUGAAUGAUAUAAAAAUUAUUACUAUAAAGAUAUGCAGUGGAAUAGUGGCUCAGCUUUAUUAUAAUCUCUGUGAAGUCAUGAAGUAGGAAUAGAUGACCCCCAUGAAAUUAAUAAAAUGGAAACUGAAAUCAAUAACUUUUUGAUGAAACAUCAACUGUGUGAAGUUCUAAGCUGUUAGUAUUUUCCCUACUUUUCCAGUAUUUUAUGAUGAAAAUGGAAGUGCCACUUGUGUAUGUAAGUGUAUUAAAGGACAAAUGUUUUUUUAAUAAUCAAGAAGAGAGAAUGCUUUAAAAACAUAUUUAAAACAAAAAAAAAAGGAGUAUUGUAGUUGAAUAUGAGCCAUAUCAAUUGUCUAAAUAUAAUUGAUAAUAAUUAAAUAAAAUUACAAAAUUGAAAUAACUUUUUUAAAAAAAGUUAAUUAAUAAUAUUCUUGUGACAUACUAAAAAGUGAGAAAGUGUGUAUAGAACAAAAUAAAUCUUUAGUCGUAAGUCUGCCAAAAUGUGUUGGGACUCUCUAUUUACGUAGGUGGUAGGAAUUCAUUACUAACAGAAACACUGUGAGAGUGAUGAAGCUAUAUUGACCAAAUCAUUUUUGCUCCACAAUUUUAGAUUAAAAAUGAAAUCCCAAAACACUAAAGGUUGUUGUAUGCCAAGGGAUUUCCAUGCAUUGGCCAGCCUUAAUGUGGUUUAUGAUAUUUCUUCCAGUGAUCUAAAAAAAUGUAUAUUAAUAACUUAUAAUUAAACAUGAGUAUGUAUAACUUAAACAAAUGUUAUAUUAGAGUUUAUGUGUUGGCUUUUUGCAUAUAUGUGUGGGUGUGUUUAAAAAAAGCCUUCCAUAUGAAAUUGUGCAUUACUCUGAUGAGUGUAAAAUAAUGCUGAUUUCUCAAGGAUUGCUGGGUUUGGUGGGUUUUAAAUCUUAGGUUAAUCUUACCUGUACAGAUAGUUUUUGUGAUAUAGUGGGUAAUUGUUUCAUUGGUAUUUUGUAGGAAGGGUUCCCUCAUCCAAACAUUGCAAAGUUUAUACUUGUUUUGAUUUAUUAUCACUGUUUCUGGUCAAACAACUACUAUUAUGGCUAUUACUACUACUUCUAUUAUCACUACUAAUGCUGACUGUGUUCUGUAGUUCUUUGACAUGAACCAUAGCUAUGCCAAACUAAAUGCUGUCUCAAAUCUGCCAACAUUACAAGUAGCUAUAAAAAAAUAUGACUGAUAACAGGGAGGGAAGGUCUGUUUCUCAGAGUUGGCAGGUAUAGUUCUGUUCAUGGUACAUGAAUAGAUAUAUCUGACUUUUGUAACAAGUUCUGUCCUUUCAUAUUCUUGAUGACACAAUUAGUAAAAUUGGAAGCUCAAAACUGUGGUUACAAACACGAGUGUCUCAUCUUGGCAAAUUCUGGGUUAGAUUUGUUGUCUAGGGCAGUAUGAGAUCCAAAAUGCACAUCAAUAUCAAAUUGCUUUGAUGCUUUAUUUCUGUAUACAAGAUGUAUGUAUGUAUGUGUGUUUGUUUGUACAUACAUACUCAUUACUUUAUUUCCUAAUUUAAGUUAUGCUCUUGAAUGGUUUUUUAAAAUCAUGGUUUGGGGUAACUAAUAAUGAACAUUGACAGUUUUAAAGUUUUUGUGUUGGAUUCUUGCAUGGUUUGAUUGGUAUAUAAACUUAAUGUGAAAACUAAGUCAGGAUGUACACAUAUUCUGUCAAAUUUUAUAUUAUAAGAUAGAACUAUAUGAAGUAACUUUUGUUUUAAGUUCACAGUAUAAUAUUUUUAAUGCAUUGUGAAGGUGAGUUGCGCUGUAUUAUUGUAUUAGUAUGAGAUGUGUUGUGUUUGUAGAAAAAUGUGUACCAUCUUAACAUAACAUUCUGUAGUAGUAGUAGUGAACAAAUGCUCGACCAGUCAUUUCAACCCAGCCAGGGAAUUAUUUCGAUACCGUUUGUGCAAGUGAAUGGCCGUUCAUAUGAAAGUGUUAGCAAGGUGUGUAGGUGUUGGUAUAUAGAAAUCAUUUACAGUCAUUGGACAAGAUCCUCAUUGUUUUCCACGAUUCAAUAUGUGUAUCUGUGUUUAGUCCCUUGAUUGUUGGCUGAAAUGUUGACUUUUCAGCACAUCAUUGGCAGUACUGUUAUUCUAAACAACAUACUUGGAUGUUGUUGAUAGUGGCACGAACACAACGCAUCAAUAAGAAGACAAGACUGGAGGCUGUUAGUUUAGUUUGUGUUGUGUCGAUACCAAAGAUAAACAAAAUUUAUGACGACUUGGAAUAUUAAAAAUCAUUCUCAAGUCUCAUUACUUGAAAGAAUGACAGUUCAACUUUCUUCCAGUUUUUAAAUUUGUCUUAAUUUAAAACAGUAUGUUUUAGUAUAUUGGAAAGAGAAAUGUCCCAUAUUGCUAAAGGGGUUGUGAGUAAGAACAUAUUAAUUUAUUGUACUAUUAUAAUUGCUGUUUCAUUUUUGUUUUUCCCCCAUUCAAAAUGUGCACAGACAUUACUAAAAUAAAGUGCCUUUGAGUAUGUAAGUGAGGAUGCAUGAAUUUCCUUUGAUUUCAAUUUGACCAGGGUUAGUGCAAUGACGAAGUAGGGAGCUCAACAACAGCUUCAUUCUAACGUGUAAAUUGUUUUAACUGCCAAUGUUCAAUUCUCAGGUGAAGGUGCUUGUAAAUAUGUUCCAUUGCUUUAUCUGACUUAGUGUGGGGAAAUAUCAGUGUGAAUUUAUGAGAGUGGAGGAUGUUCUAUAAUUAUUGUAUUUAUUGUAUUUUCUCUCUCUUCCAUUCAUAGUUUACCUCACUGUCAAUUUUGUGCCCUUACCAGUCACUUGAUUCCAUGAAGGAAAAUUACGUAUUGUUAAUUCUUUAAGUUAAGUAUAUUUUUGGUGUGGAUCUGUGUAGAAAUUGUGGACAGUAAUAUAGCUGUGAAUUUAUUGCUCAUUAACUAACUCAUAUUUAGAAAUCACCAGUUAUUACAGUAUAGCAUAUAUAUGUAUAUAUAUAAGAAGUCCGAGCUUGAUAAUUGUGCAUAUGAUAGGACGUUAGUUGGCACUUGCUUGGAAUGGAACCUUGGCUUGAGCAUUGUUUUCUUUUUCUGGAAAGGCUUCACAUCUGACAAGACACCCUGCAUUGUGGCAUGAAUUCUCAUUACUUUCUGUUUAAAAUGGUGUCCAGUGAUAUUUAUUGUUCCUUUUCUUGUUUGUGAAGACGCUGAAGAUAAUAUGGAAUGAGAAACCAAUAACAGAUGGGUAGAAAAAGUAUUCUUUGCCAUGGUUUAAAGAGAACUGUGCCUUACGGGUGGUAUGAAAAUGGUUUCGGGGUUGAAAGUGGUGGGGAGGUGUUAGUGGAAUAGUAGUAGUGUACGCGUCUCAUUUGUGUUAUUCCGAGUCCUGUACAAACCUGACAUUCCAUUGGGCGAGGUCUCAUUUACAGCGCUACGGUGUGGCCUUACAAAUUCAUGACACAAUAUGUUUCCUCCCAAUGAUAUCCAUCCAGCUUCCAGUAUUGCAGAUCUGCUUGGUUGGUUAUCUUAAAGUUAUGGAUCAUUUGAGACCUCAGGGAAAACUGUGACAGCCUUUUGAUUGUGCUAGUCAAGGCCAGUUGGGUGACAAGUUGUCAGUGAUGUGCCUCAGUUUUUGAAUAGAAGAGCAGUUCAUUUAAUUUCGAUUUACUGUAGCUGUGUAUUACAUGUCACUUCUAUUGUUAAUUUAUUUGCCUGGUUUAAAUGAUUUUUUUAAUAAACACUGAGUGUUGCAUCUACCACUGUAAGUUUGUCAGUACUUCACCAGUCACUAAUUAGUACUGAAAACUGUGUUACCGAAUUCUGACUCGAUGACGAUGGCAAACACUGUUGAUGGUUUUGCUAGGAAAUGGCCAAAAAGAUUAAAACUUCCCUUUGACUUCUGUAAGAGUAGAAUUUUUUAGGUGGAGAAAGGAGAAACUUGUCAUCAGGGAAAAGACUUGUAAUUUAACAUAUCACACCAAUCCUCCAAGAUGAGAAGUAUUCUAGUGGCUCUCUAGCCGAGUCUGGUAACGAUAUUAUAUUCUGAUGGGAGGCAGCCGGAUCAAAUGCAGUUUUUUUCAAAGAAGUGCAAGUAUGUGCUUUUUUACGCUUAAAAUGUGUAUGUGAUGGAAUAUUGGGGCUCAGUAUUUGCUGCUCCAAAAGAGUUAUGUACCAUUCUUCAUAAAAAUGUGUUCAAAGGUCACAAAGCAAAAUAACAACUGUAGGAUGCUAAUCUAUAACACCAGUGGAUAUGAAAGGUCAUAUUUCAAACAGUACAAGGUAAAAUUCAUCUUAACAUAUACAACUUACAUUGUGUGCCAGAGAUUUGACAGAACAAGUCAUUCAAAGUAAUGUUAAGCACUGUAUAUAAAAAUAAUAUCCAGUAAUGCCUUGUAACUUUGUAUUUUGUGAUUUUGAGCUGUAGUGCAUUUCAUUUAAAUCUGUAACACCUUCCCUAGAACUCUGCUGUGAACUGCAGGCUUACAAAACAUUCAGGAUAUGAGACGUACUGGUUGUGAGGUUUUUCUCUCCACAUUUGUAAGAUUUAUCAGAGUUAAGUGAAAUGCAUUGUGACAUUAUCUAGCCAUGUUACACCUCUAAAUAAGCAUUUAUCAAAUGUAUGUCAUGGGUUUGCAUGACAGCCCCUCAUUAUUAGUAGUGACUGUAUUUUGUAACAAACCGCAUAAUACAAAAAUAUUUGUGUAGAGUUUUGUACAGAAAUCCCCUUACUAUAUGGUGCUUAUUGAUGUUUGAGACCUUCCCAUGUGAUAUUUCAUUGCACCAGUAGUCUGCCGACAUGAAGGUUUGAUAUGGAAUAGGAACAAAAAUCAUGAGUGAUGGGUAUAGUACCUGAGAAAUAAUUAUAAUAACUUUUUUAAAAUAAAUAUCCUGCUGUAUUGUAAACAGUACCAUUUAAUGUCUGAACAGUGCAUCCCAGCUUCUGUUGCUUUCAAAGACCUCAUCACAGCUUCCCUGCCUGCCAAGUACAAAGGAUUCUUUUUAUUAGAAAUUUGGCAGCAUCAAGUUGCAAUACACACUGAGUACAGUGUUGUGUGUUCCUUCUGUAGUAUUGUGUUAUGUUACUCUGAGAAUUAUAUAAUAUCUGUUUGAAUGGAAUUUAAUAUUUCCAUGUUGUAUGAGAUUGUUGGUCACAAUUCGUUAUUACCAAAGUGAAUUAUUUGUUUGCAUUGGGCUUUUGUAGAAAAUAUAUUUUUAUUUUCAUUCUUCAGUAAAAACUGUUAUUAGAGGAGAUACAUUUAUUUUAUGGCUACACCCCAGCCGUAAGAUUCAUGGAGGCCCAAUUUGGAUUUUUAAAGUUGUAUUUUUGCUGAGGUAUGGUGAAAUAUAUUAUGUGUUAUUCAGUGUACUGUUCCAGUCAUUUGAAUAGUCAGAAUUUUGUAAAAGCAAAAUUAAAUUGUUUAUGUUGAUUCGUAACUUGUAUACCGGUUUGCUUUGAGAAGCUCAUUUACAUAUUAGUUUUAUGAACUUUAGUACCAUUCUCUGCUUUAGCACAGCAAAUGAAUUGCAUAUUGUCUUCCAAGAUCUAUUUGCAAAUUUAUGCUGGAUGUCUCAUUUGAAUAUUUUAACAAAUUCUUUUUCUUUCAUUAAUAGCUAGGUCUUUUUUAAGUUUCCUAAAAACAUAAUGACAUCUGGCUGGUGAGAGUUUAGUGCUCUGUUGUCUGGACAAGUGGGGCCCGUACAUUGAUAUUGGCAAAGGGGGUAGGCUUGCCAUGCAAAAUGAGCAUUGCUGGGCAGGGCUUCCUUUGUUUUGUGCUGCACUGUUUGUUUAUAUUUGUAGGGAUCAGAAUUUAGGACAAUCUCACUUUCCCUUUGCACUUUCUGAAAGAGGCUGCAAUCAAACUGGAGUGUGCACAGCACUUCUUAGUAAUAUUACACAAAACAAUAUUACCUAUUAAAACGCUUCAUAGGUUAGAACAGGUUGUAAGCUAUUGGUGCUGUGCUUUAUCAAUAUUAUUAUAUUCUUUUGUCAUGGGCAAGUUCCUUAUUUCAAAUAGUUCUCAUCCCCCCUCCCAGUGGGUUUUAAUGUUAUCCUUUAUUGUUUAGAUAUUAAUGCUGAUAUUGCUUUUCAUGAUCGAUUUUUCUUCAUUUUCUUGUGAUGUGUUGCUUUUUCUUAAGAAAGACUAAAAUCUGUAUGUUGGGCAUUUAGUUGAAAACAAAUUCUAGGAAUCUCAAAAAUCAAAAUUUCCAUAUCAUAUAAUCAUCACUUGGUCACAGUUCUUAUGACCACUUUUUCUGAAAUGCAGUUAGCAUGUAUUUCCAAGUGCCAAACUCUUUAUUUUGUAGUUAAGUCACAUAACGUGUUGUAUUUAAAAUGUUUUAAUUUUUAAAAAGAUAUAUUGUGUGUUUCACGCUACCCAUGAUCAUUGCUGGGAGAGAUUUUACCAAUUUAGUAUAUAUAUUAUUUUUUUUAAGCUGCGCAAAUUAACAUCUCUGACAAUCGUAUUACUGUACUAUUCCAUUAUUGUAUUUAUAUUUGGAUAUAUAGUAAAUACCAUUUUUAUAUAUUCAAUUCCAGUUUCAAUUAUCAGACAUCCCUUUAGUAUUUUCUGUAGAAAUGUAAACAGUAUUGGAUUUUAAUUUUGUCAUAAUGAAAAUUUAACAUAGCAGACUGAACUCUUGACAGCUUAUUUCCGUGUCAGUGUAUAUAUGGCAGUACAGAGGUUCUGAUAUGGUGAUGGUUUUCCAAUCCAGAAUCUGGUUGUGAUGUUUCAUAUCCCCCAUAGCGUUUUUUGUAGACUAAAUCUGUGCACUGAGAUGAUAAUGCAAUAAUAUUUGGGUUGCAUGACAACUUCUCUGGUAUGUAGCAUGAAUUUUAAUCUCCUCCCACAUUAUGUUGAGAUAUUCUAAGUAUUUGCUCAUGGUUCAGACUGUGUUCAAAACAUACAAGUUGUCUGGGUGAUAAUAAUUGACAGCCGGGGCAUUCACGAUUCUAGGGGCAAUAGAGGACAUCAAACAUUGUAUAGUAGUUCUGGAAAACUCUGCUGAUAUCCCUGAUAUGGUAUUUCCCCUACUGUUGCUUAUUGUUAUUAUUAUCAACAUCUAUUUGUAUCCAAUAUAGAAAUAUUGACUGAAACUAAAUGUCAGCUUCUUAAGUGCAGUGUAUUAAGGAAUAUAAUAUAGGUAUUUCUGAUGUUGUGUUUUUGAGGUAGUAGUAAUAAUAAUAAUAAUAUAUAAGGUUAAACUAAAAUCAACCAUGCAAGACUCCACCUCACUGAGAUAUUUGUUGUGUUAGUUUUGAUUAAAUGUUUGCUGGUAAUGAAGAGCCAGAUGCCAGUUGAUUUGUCAUUACAUUUUGGGUUGGUUAUGGAUAAAUUCACUUUUUUUUUUGUUGAUGUUUGGACAGUCUAAAUUCCCUCAUGAGUCAGCAUGUUGCUCAGGUGAAAUAAAGCUUUCAUGUGAUCUAUUUAAGGGGGAAUUUUUUUUGGAUGUGUGUGUUUAUAUGUGUGUAAUAUCCAAAGCAUUGAAUUUGACAAAUUUUUUUCUUAUUGUACUGCAUCAAUUAUGUAAUACUGUGGGCUUCUUGUUGAUCAGGGGGGAGGAUACCAAAAAAAAAGAUAAAAACAUGCAGACUAUGUAAUAUGAUAAACACUGUUUGUAUAUCCCAUAGAGACUGGUAAUAGAGGUACAACAAUUUAAAUAAAUGGAAAUAAAAACAAACAUCACACAUUUCUGAAUCCACUCUGUGUUCCACAAUUUAUAUAUUGAAUAAUUGUAAUAAGUAUGUAAUCUUAUGAUUGUUGUAGGACAAAGUUAACAUGACCAGUGUAAAGUGUACUAUUACUAAUUAUUAUCAUGGCUAUGAAGUACCAUAUGCAAGAUACACAUGACUUGACAAGGCCUAAGUGGUGCUUAUUUUUUCGGUUUCUCAUAUCAGAAGAUGGCACAUGAUGCAAAGUGAUUGAAAAACUGACUUUGCUUUAAAGUUGAGUACUAGUGGUUUUUGCUUGUUGUGAAUUACGUGAAAUGUUAUCAUUUCAAUUGGAGAGUGUUAUGCCAUGGAAUUGUUGCUUGAACUGUAUAAAUUUGGUUGCCACAAACACAGUGUAGUUGUUACAAAUUGUACUUAAUUUUAACAUACAGAUGAAGCACUUUUACAUUUCAAUUUUAUACACGUUGUGCAAUUGAUAAAUACUUGUGAUUUUG